CAUCAAAUUCUGUUUAAGGUCUAUAGUCAGGCUGCAGACAUAUUCCGAAUAUGGUAUUUAUAUGCGUAAGGCACUGGAAUAUUCCUGUCCAUGGUUGUUGUAAGUAUGCCGAUCUACACAUGUGCCUUUACUUUCCCACUGUUAUUUCCUGGGACAUUCAAGAUGCUGCCGUUGGUUAUACAUUAUGCUCAGUUUUUGGUUUUACUACUACUUUUUCUUACUAAUUUAAUUAGGACUAACACUUCUCACCAUCAAAAAUGCCCGACAGCACCUCCUUGAAACAGAGAGGGUUGGGUAAUCAUCUGUUUCGCUAAGAAUCUGUUAGCACCCACAAUUCCUUGCUGACUGAGCACAUGUAUAUAUCUCCUUUCAGUGAAUUUUCUGAAUAAGGUUUUUACAUGGAACAAAAACUCCAGUGGUGAGAAUCGUAAUACUGUCUUAAUCUGAAUCGGGCAAUCGGAUUGCGGCGUUUACAUGAUUCAUUUAUAUCGGAAUAUUGAUGUGCCUGUAAACCUAGCCAUUGUUUGAUGCGCAGAGAGCAGAUGUGCGGUUCUAAUGUAUAUUACUGUAUUCUACUGCGCAUGAAAACUCAGUGAUGAGUACAAGCCAAGAUACUAAAAACAUUCGGGGCUUACGCCCUGGUAGCCCAGCCCUAGUGCCGCCCCUGGUAACGAGAUAAUCAGUGUUAUUCACUUCACCUGUCAGUGGUUUUAAUGUUAUGGCUGAUCUGUGUAUGUUUUUAUUUUGCUGCUGUGUGUUCUAAUUUUCGAACUGAAAAAACAAACAAACAAACAAAACAAAACAAAAAAAAAACCGCAGUAGCAAGUCGACGAGGGCGGGUUGAAGAAACUGGGCACCUGGAGUUCAAACAAAAAACAUUUCCGCUUCCGGUCUUUUUGAAUUAUUACCGGAUGUGCUGGUGAAAUGCGUGAACUAUAACAUAAUGUAAUCUAAUGUUUUAAAUGUAGUUACCUAUUUAUUAUACGACUAUAACUUUUCACUUAGUUCCUGUAACCAUCUCCAGGCUCACCUUCGGACAAUUGGCUAGCUAAUGCUAAUGCUAAAGCGACGCUUCGGUCAAUAAGCUGUUAACCUGAGCAUGGCACAAUGAACAGCGUGUUCUAACCAACUCGUUUAGAAACCCGUCACAGGUAAACUGUGAGGUAAGAUUACACGGCUGUUCUACAUAGUGUAACUGAAAAUGGUAAGUGUUAGCUACGUUGUUUAACUGAACACUCCGUCAACGAAACGAUCCAGCUAUCUGCAUAAAAUUGCCUAGGUAGUUAGCCAGCUACUUACUUGAAGCAUUCACUUAAGGUUUCUUGUUCAAGUCGUAAAACAUGUUCGCAGCAGGAGCAGAGGAAUAGAAUGCAGUCCAGUCCAGAAAUCAAAUUCUGUUUGGCUUAACGUAACUUGGUUAACUUCAUACACCUAACCUUUAGCGGUUGCUAAUAUUAUAAAAGCGAGAUUUUUUUUAGGUAUCUGAAGAGAGAACUGUAAGUUUAUAAAGGUUGAAUUGUUCUCGUUAAGCCUUUUGUGGGAUAGACCAGCUUCUAAAACUACUGUUCAGUGAUGGAAAAAGUAGGAGAGGAAGACAAGCCGCUGUUCAGCAGCACAGAGACCAGAGACAUUACUGACACCAAUGUUGGACAAGCCGGAAAUGAGCAAGUAAAAAACCUGGAUGAUCCUUCCGUGGACUGGUUUGAACCUCUGGAGGAGGACUGGGAUGACGACGACGAUGCACAGAGCUGGGAUAUAGAUGGGGUCAGGGACGCUGAGAUGGAAAGUCUCGCUGGAGAGAGUGAGAGAAGCGGCAGUGUAGCUGGGAGUGAGAGAAACUACCGAGGAAGAGGAGGUGGUGGUGCUGUGGGGAAGAGGAAAAGGAAGUGGCGGUUCGGCUCCGAUGAUGGCUGGGAGGAUUGUCCUGUUCUGGGAGAGGGCUGGAAACGCAAAGUGGUUCUGCGCCGUUCUGGUGUGAGUGUGGGACAGAGAGAUGUCUACUACUUAAGCCCUAAAGGUGAAAGAGUAAGAAGUAAGAUCGAACUGCUCAAAUCCAUUGGGAAUACUGUGGACCUGACCAACUUUGACUUCAAAACAGGGAUAUUUCUUGAUGGUGAACCUCUGAAAAGAGGGAUAAAGACUUUAAAAGUGCCUGCUAACCUGGAGGAUGGACCUACCUGUAUUCCGUCUAACUCCUGUCUUGGCAUCUGUGUAAGAUGUAGGAACUCGUUUACAAGUGUAGAGGGACAGACUAUGUGUGAAAAAUGCAGUAAAGCAUGCAAUGCCUCUAAAGAUAACCGCAACAUUACAUUUAGAAAAUGGCUUCCCUGUGGGUUUUGUCGAGCAUGUCAGCUCACUGAGGACUGUGGAGUUUGUGCCAGCUGCAGGAAUGGAAAACAGAACCCUCAGUACCGAAGACCUAUUAGGUGCCGUAAGCGGAAGUGCUUGUGUCCAUCCCUCAAGAGGAGAGCGGAUGAUGUGCUUCCUCUGGCACAGUGUGGUUCAGUAGUCCAUAGACCAGACAGAAUAGAAACUAUUAACACAGUCUCCAAGCCAUCACUGCCAGACUUUAAGGAAUCACAGUACAGUGACUCAGAUGAUCAGUCACCAUUUUAUGAAGAAAACGACAGUGAGGGAUUGCUGAGGAGAUUUCGACGCUCGUGUGGACGAUGUAAAGGCUGUGUGGCCAAAGCAGACUGUGGAACCUGUGAUUACUGCAUAGAUAAACCCAAAUUUGGUGGAAGCAAUAAAAAAAGACAGAAGUGCCGUCAGCGUCAGUGUCAAAGAGAAGCUAAGGGCUGGACUACACCUGGCAGACCAAGACCACAUUAUGCCUACACCCAUAAAGUCCUGCGACGGAACAGAGAAAAGUGGGACUUCGAGUUCUCUGACAAUGAAUGCGAGAAAGAAAGAAUAGAAAAAGGUUCUGUUGUUGGUGUGCACUAUGUGGAGAGAGACAAGCAUUGCAUCUCAGAUUACAAUGGACAGAAUGCAGAAAUUGAGACAAGCCAGGCACUUUCUGAGGAUCAUCUUUUGCAUCUGUUCUGCGAUGAGUGGACUAGAGUAAAUGAUAGGAAGUGGCGACGCCCCCCAGCAACUGAACAACAUGCAGAGGAGCCUGAUGAGGAUGAAAUGGAGCCAACGAUCACACAAAUCUUUAGCCUGGGGGGCGACAAUGCUACUGACGAUGGCCUGGACCUGGAGCUGCUGGAGCUCUUGGCAUCCCUGCGUGACGCUCCACUGCCUGUGCUGUGGUGUGCUGUGCUGGCUGAGGGCCCGCGCCUGCAGCUCCUUCAGUGUUCCAAGCUCUCAGCCAUGGCGGACACAACGGUGCAGAUUGAACCAAGCUUUCGUUACCACAUCAGUGUUCAGGGACAGCCUCUGCUGCCUACACACUGGCUGUAUCAUGCUCACCCAGCCCGACUCACCUCAGUGGCGCAGGUUGCCACCCUGCUGGAAGACCUAGAGCGUUACUCUGUGUGCAGAGGCUUUAAGAGUGAGCCUUCUUUUGGCUCUGAGCCUAUUGUCCAGGUCCGGGCAGCCACCUGUGAAUUCCUUGUGGUGCCAGAGACCCAGUGCUGUGCCAGGUGUAAGAGUGCACAACAGAAACACUGAACAUACAUUACUGGUUGACUACAGGACACUUAACCUCGUUUCUGCUAGCUCAGAUCAGUGUCAAAGUAGCAUCAGGAUCUAAAUCUGGAACAACUGACAUUUCAACAUCCUGAUAGUUGGUAGAAUUGAUGCUGUGUUUCUUAAAGAAUUGUCAGUGUGCCCAGUGAUAAUGAAUCAUGUUACUAGCAUUAUGCUGCACAGAAUGCACAUGCAGUGUGGACUGCACAGCCUUGGAAGUUCUUACCAAGCCCGUUCCAUUCAAAAUAAUACUGUAUUGAUUACUCGUAGCAUUUUCUAAUGCGGUACAUAUGGUUUAAUUUGUUUUAAUUAUGACUAUUUAUUUACCCUUUCUGUCUAAUACUGUCUAAUACUACAGAGAAUGUGCGUGAAUUGUGUGGCACUGUUUCCCACAGAGUAGUUUGAAUCAUCCAAAGAGACCAGGCAAAUAAGACCAUUUGUGUUUGGUUAAUGUUGUGCAAUUGGGCUCAAAGAAUUAUUUGAUGCAGUGAAAACAAAACUGUUUUUCUUUCGUGGAAACUGUGUUGACCUGCAGUCAUUUCAAGAAAAUAGGCUGUGUUGUGUGGGCUUAAAUUGCUGUUAGGGUAAGGGCAUGUUCAUGUUAGCAUUUUUGUUCUUCUUUCACCAAGAAAACAUUCCGCUGUAUCUUGCCUAAUGAUAUGCUAGUGGUUUGGGUCAAUUUGGGUUUUAAAAAAAAAAAAAAAAAAAAAAAAAAAAAAAAAAAUUUA